AUGAAGAAGAAGAAGUCCAAGACGCCGAACGCGCCGCCGUUCGCGGUGGAGGAAGAAUCGUCCGACGCGGCGCUGUGCGAGUUUUACACGCACUCGCUGUGCCCGUACGCGCACAGGGUCUCGCUCGCGCUCGCGUUCAAGCGCGUCCCGCACGCGCGCAAGCACGUGGACGUAUCGAACAAGCCGAGGUGGUUUCUCCAGGUGAACCCGCGCGGUUUAGUCCCCGUGAUUCGCACGAGGGAGCGCGAGGUGCUGAACGAGUCGAUCGACCUGUGCUACUGGCUCGACGCCAGCUUCGUCGGCGAAAACCACCCGCCGCUGAUGCCGAGCGAUAACGACGAGCGGAACCGCGCGCUGCGCCUCGUGAAGGCCGCGGACGGCGGGUUCAUCGCCGCGGGGUUGAGUUUCAUCGGCGGCGGGUGGGGGUUCACGGAGGGCGACCCCGGGGACGCGAGACGCGCGACGCUCGCGGCGGAGGUGGCGAAGAUCGAAGACCAGAUGGACGACUGGGACACGUUCCUGUGCGGCGUGGACCCGUCCGUCGCGGACGUGGUCUUGUGGCCGUUCGUCGAGAGGUUCGAGCUCGCGAUGCGGGAGUUCAACGACACGGAGCUCGCGGAGAUGGGCGGGAAGAAGUUCAGCCGGUGGAUGCGGCACAUGAAGAAACUGCCCGAGGUGCGGCGCUUGGCGCCGGACGAGGCGAAGCUGCUGAAGAGUUGGCGGCGGACGAUGCGUCUGGAUUACUUCGACUACGAGACCGCGGACAUGGACGACCCGUGA